AUGGAGUCCGGAGAUGUUUCCAAGAUUCUCCUGAAGCUGCUUUUCACGUCCAGAGGAACCAUGACCUGGUUUCACAGAUGGUCGCUCCUGAUCCUCAUGUUGUCCGCCUGGAGGUCGGUGGGCGCAGGUUCUCUAACAGAUUUGGAGUUUGAGCGGAGUCCUGGCGAUGUCAUCUCGUCGCUGGGCCGACCCGUCCGGGUGCAGUGCAUCCUGACGGGGUCGGGGGGGGAGGAGGAGGACCCGCCCGAUGUGCUGUGGCUGAGAGACGGCGUUCCACUCCAGUACGCAGACACCAACCAGUUCCAAGGUCACACUGGCUCCAACAUUUGGAAGAUAAUCAGCACGCUGAGUAUUGAGAAGGUGCAGCUUCCGGACAUGGGCUCGUACAGAUGUGCUGUUCUGUCGGAGCAUCUGCAGGUUCUGUCUGAGGAGGGGAGCAUCCAGCUGGAGGGCCUUCCUCAUUUCUCCGUGGAGCCCCAGCACAGGUCAGUGGUGGCCAACGUGUCCUUGAGCCUGAGCUGCGUGGCCCACGGCCCCCCCGAGCCGGUCAGGGUCAUCUGGCUGCAGGACGGGGCGCCGCUCAACUCCCUGUCGGACCCGGUGGCGCUGUCGCCCUCCACACUCAACCUCACAGGUUUGAACCGGACCAGCACUUUCUCCUGUGAAGCUCACAACAAAAAAGGUGUGGCCACGUCUGGAUCCGGCACCAUCACUGUUCUUCCGUUGAAGCCUGAGAACCUCCGAGCCGUGGAGGUCAAUCAGACCAGCGUGCGCCUGUCGUGGCGUGCUGGGUUCGGCGGCGACUACCCGAUCAUCCGCUGCACCGUUCAGGCCCGGCAGUGGGGAGAUUCGCUCGUCAGCGGCACAGGGAAGAUGAUCCACGACCAGAACGUGAACAUCCCCCCCUCCACCCACCUCCUCGGGGACCUGGAGCCCCACAGCCUCUACACUGUGAGGGUGGCCUGUGACAGCAGCCAGGGCCCGUCGGCCUGGUCGCCCUGGGUGGAGCUACGCACCAGUGAAGGAGUUCCAGAGAACCCACCUGUGAACGUGACGGUGGCGCUGAACGGGACGGACGUGCUGAUGGCGUGGGAGGAGCCUCCCGGGAAGCUGAACGGAGAACUGCAGGGCUACAUGGUGGAGUACAGCACGCCCGUCACUGAGCAGGUUGUCAGGGACACUGGAUUGGACACUGAGCUGUCAAUCAACCUGACCGUCCCCCUGUCCAAUGUGACCUAUCGAGUGUGUGCCUACACGGGGGCCGGGCAGGGGCCGUGGACCCCCACGCAGACCCUCACACUCAUCGUUCCUGAGAUGGAGACAUUUAAAGGUCAGGACUCGCCCCCGGCCUUUUCCUGGCACUGGUGGUACGUGGUGAUGGCCGUCGCCGGCGCCGUGUCCCUCGCCGUGCUCAUGGCUGUUUACGUGGCCAAGCUGCGGCGCAAGGAGACGCGUUUCGGAGAGGUGUUUGAACCCAUGAUGGAGAGUGGGGAGCUGGUGGUCCGGUACCGCGCCCGCCGCACCUACAGCCGCAGGACGACAGAAGCAACACUGAACAGUCUGGGCAUCAGUGACGAGCUGAAGCAGAAGCUCCAAGACGUGAUGGUGGACAGACACAAACUGACCCUGGGGAAGACGCUGGGAGAAGGGGAGUUCGGCUCGGUGAUGGAGGGACUGCUCACUCAGGAGGAGGCAGCGCUCAAAGUCGCAGUGAAGACGAUGAAGAUCGCCAUCUGCACCCGCUCGGAGAUGGAGGACUUCCUGCGUGAGGCCGCCUGCAUGAAGGAGUUCGACCACGCCAACGUCAUGAGGCUCCUGGGUGUGUGUCUGCAGACGGUGGAGAGUGAAGGUUACCCCUCCCCAGUGGUCAUCCUGCCCUACAUGAAGCAUGGAGACCUGCACAGCUAUCUGCUCUACUCACGGCUCGGAGACUGUCCAGUGUACCUCCCCUCUCAGAUGCUGGUGAAGUUUAUGACUGACAUCGCCCGAGGGAUGGAAUACCUCAGCAGGAAGAACUUCAUCCACAGAGACCUCGCCGCUCGCAACUGCAUGCUCAAUGAGAACAUGAACGUGUGCGUCGCCGACUUCGGCCUCUCGAAGAAGAUCUACAACGGAGACUACUACAGGCAGGGCCGGAUCUCCAAGAUGCCCGUCAAGUGGAUCGCCAUCGAGAGCUUGGCCGACCGCGUCUACACCACGAAGAGCGACGUGUGGUCGUUUGGCGUCACCAUGUGGGAGAUCGCCACUCGGGGCCAGACUCCGUACCCCGGGGUGGAAAACAGCGAGAUUUAUGAUUACCUGAGACAAGGGAACCGACUGAAACAGCCGCCCGACUGUCUGGACUGUAUCUACGCCCUGAUGUUCUCCUGCUGGCUGCUGAGCCCGAAGGACCGCCCCUCGUUUGAGGCCAUGCGCUGGGAGCUGGAGAAAGCCCUCGAAGAUCUGCCGGACCUCCAGGACCCCGACGAGAUCCUGUACGUCAACAUGGACGAGUCCUCCAUGGAGCUCGGCGCCGUCGGCGGCCGCGACCCGCUGGCGAUGGCGUCCCCUCUCUGCCUGAAGGGCCUGGACUCCGUGACCACGGUGGAGGUCCACGAGCCCAACCGCUACGUCCUCUGCCCGCAGCACGAGACCACCCGAGCGCUCUCCGACUCCCUGGAGAGUCUGGACAUGCCGGUGUCGUCCUCCACGGCCACGCUGCCGCUCCAGCCGUCCUGCCGCUCCACGCCCAACGCCACCCGGGGUCCGACGCCCACCGUGGAGCUGCUGGAGGACAGGGAGGCGUCCAGAAAAGUCCCCUGGCAGUGAUGGAGUCCCUCUCAAACAAAGACUGGUCACGUCCUUUCUCCCUUGUCCAAGAACUACGUCCAGCCUCUUGCUACUGACGAAGAAACUUUACGUGCCCUCACACACAUGUUCAUGUUUUGCACAAACACACACACAAAGCCGAAGACAUUCCAAGAGAGUUAAGGAUCGGGAUUAUUAUUUCCUCCGUCAACUCCUCUCUUCUAAAAAUAAUUCCCAGUGUCUGAUGAUCAGUUCCCAGCAACAAACAGAGAGUGAACCAGUUCCGUGGCCCCUGCACACUGCAGCACAAUCAGAGAAGCUAAACUCCCAGUCGCUCCAGCAAUAAAACAGCACAUCUGCACAACUACCUGCACAAAGUGAAGCUAAAUAAAAAAUCCAACGUGUCCGUGAAACCAGCUCGUCACUGCCAGACCGAACCUGCAACUCAACAAACUCAGGAGCUUCAACCUUCCAGCGAGGAAACAGAAAGUCUCUUUCACUGAACUGUCGGCUUUAAGUUUAUACUGGAGCACAGCAUCAGGAUUUACCGGCUCCCGCUAGAGUACCGAGUCACAGCUUCUUGUGUUCCGCAAAAAUGAAAUAUGAUUUUGUUUUUUUUCUUUAUCAAAUCACACGAAGAUUAAAGUGAAAACCAAAAUUUACAGAGGAAACGAUUCUCUGAGCUUCGAGGUGAAGCUGCACCUUCAGCGCUCUGACAAAACCCUGCAUCUUCUCCGUGGGGUUCAUCUGCUGGUCGUGCAUUACGCAUUAAAAUGUGAGACACUUAUCGCUGAGUGGACUCAGGAAGCUGAGACGUCUUCUGCACAGGGACACAGGUACGAGUCAGAUCAAGAGGAGACGGACACAGACUCAAGGGACACGAUGGACUCACCCGAGGCAAAUGGCAGGAGAAGCUCCUCCCAUUUGCUUUUGGCACAAGCACAGUGUUAUUUUACACAUUUUGUACUUUCUCUUUUUUUUAAUGCUGAUGUUUGUUUUUUCUACAACUUUGCACUAAUGUUUUUAUAUAGACGUUUUGUUUAUAAUGUGUAUAUCUCUUCAGCUUUUUAUGUGACUUUCUGUAUAUUCUCAGUCCACAUGUAACAACUCGUAUAUUCCUGAAGGCAGAGAACACCGCCUGUGAAAGUGUCGCCCCCCCACCCCC